AUGCGUCGGUUACAAGAUUUCGGCAGGGAUUUGGUGGAGAAAAAGAAGCCUGUUGACAUCCUCAAGUACGUUCUGUCGAUUUCGAGGACAAAGUUGAAGGAGUUCCCAUCGUGCUUUGGAACUCACAACUGGUCCACUGGCCUCGACGAGUCGCGAUCCUGGGGUAUGGAUCGGGCAAUGCGAGGCGUGGGUGGAAGGAGCUUCGAGGAGCACGACCAAACCAAGCAGAGGAUGAGCGGCCUGCACGCGGAGGUGCAGGAGGAAGUGGCUUGGCAUCAGAAUGGCAAGCAGGUCAUCCGCCACAGCGGGUUCAAGUCGGUGGUCCUGGACAUUUUGUCCCGGCCAGGGAACAUCAUCCGGCUGACUUGCAGUUGGGGCUGGCACCGGACACUUGGGACGGCCAGUGUGAUCAUCCGGAUCUUGCAGAUUGCGGGGUGCGAAGUGGUGCUCUUUAGCGCGAAGCUGAGCAUGAAUCCGCAACUGGAUUGCACAAACACCAUCGCGAACAUGCGAACCCUGACUCAGAACCUCGACGACUUGACAGGUGUGGCCUGGACCGAGGAGGACUUCGAGCAGAGCCUGGAGAGGGCCCGAAACCUGUGGAGGGAAGUGUGGCCAGAGGCUAGCAUCAAAUUUCAGCGUGGCAAAUCCACAGAGGCUGCCCCUCCACCAGGUCUACCUCCACCCCGGUCAAUUGGGCCCAUUGCCACAGCACCAAUUGGGUCAAUUGCGUCAAUUUCGUCAUCUUCUGCCAGUGGCAGCAAGCCCCCGGCUGCCAAGCCCAUGCCUCGGCCUCCUUCAAAACCUACCAGGCCAGCUCCCAAGCCAAAGGAGAGGGAGGCAAUUAAGGAGGAAGGGCCACAGGAAGAGGCAGUAAAGACUGAGGGCGCAGACGUCAAGAAAGAGGAGGAGGUCACUGCGGCCCCAGGGUUUGGGCUUGUGGAUGAGCUCCAGGCCAUGACCCCAGCACAGAAGAAGGCGAAGCUCAGCCAGCCCUAUGUGCGGGAGAUGAUCCAGCAGCAGAUUACCUUCUUGCAGAGCUUGCUUGACAGUGAUCUUGAAGGUGGUGAUGGAUGGGAGGAGGUGUUGACUGAGCUCCUGGACGACUACAACAUCAACCAGGGUGUGCGCAGCAUGAUCCGCAAUGCCAAGGUCUCCAGGAGCCACAAGAUCAAGCUCAUGUGUCUGGCAGAUCGAAUGAUUGGCCUUGGUGGUGUUCUUCGAACAGCAGGCCCAAGUGCAGCUUCAGAAGAUGACGAUCAAGAGAAAUGGCUGGAUGACAAGCUCCAACAGAUUUCUUCGUUAGAUUUCUAUGAUUUCUUGGCCUUCAGCAAAUUCAAUAGGCGUGUCGACUGGCCAGAAGGACUGCAUCAUGUCAAGUCCACAUGUCAAGACUUUCUUGAUUUUGACCAAGAGAAUGGCGGCAGGGCCUCGAAAGUGUGGCCUUCAUUUUUGUGUGAAGCAUAUCCUUUUUUGCGCGGCGCAACAUCGUGCUUGGAGAUGAUGGUGCUGGUUGCUGAAAGGUUUCUUUUCAAUUUGGUCAAUUUCAAUGAAUUGGAUCAAUUGGAAUUUGUUGAGUUUUGUGCUGGCCGAGCCCAUCUCAGUCGAGAGAUGCUGCGUCAAGGAUUUCACCAAGGAGCUUCUGUGGACAUUCUUUUUCAUCCCCACCAUGACAUGUUGAGUUCCAAGGGGCUGAGGACUUGGUUUGACAUGGUAGUGGCUUCUCGGCGAAAGUCGUUACACUGGUUUGCUACCAGAUGCUCGAGCUUCGUCCCGCUCUGUAUCUCUCAAAGCAUGAGAUAUGAGGAGAAUUCAUUCUACGGGGAUAGAAGCAGGCCAUGGGUGGAGCAGGGCAACCUUCAACAGGAAGUAACUGCAAUGAUGAUGUUCUUCAGUUUCCUCUUGGAUUGCAUUCCGGUGUUGGAGCAACCCACAGGGAGUGUGCUUCCAAAACUACCAUCCCUUCGUAAUGUUUUGUGGUUCUUCGACUUCAAGAAGACAGUGACCUACAUGGGAAGCUUUGCUGGCCCAACAAGCAAGCCUCUCCAGAUCUGGCAUCCGUCUUCAGGGCCUGGCUCCCUAUUUGCAGCCAUCGCCAGGCCAAGGCCAGAUGGCUUGGACAAUUUGGCUUCCAGUGGCCAGAGCUGGGAUGGAAGCCACACUUACACUGGCAAUAAGGAGAUGCUCAUCGAAAGCGAGCACUACACGCCAGAGUUUGGCGCUUGUGUCGCCCAAAUCUACGAGCAGAUUCGAGCUUCGUGA